AUGUUUUCUGUACCCGGCUGGAACGUCUCCGCGAAGCUCGCCACGCAGGUCGAGAAACCGAAGCCCGCGAAAGAAGAGAAGAAGGGCAAGAAGGCGAAGAAACAAAAGCAGAAGCAAGAGGAGCAGGUCAAUGAGGGCAAUGUCGGAGAGAUGUGGAAUAAGGUUAUUGAGGGGAGGGUGGAGAAGCCCGUGAAGAAGGUGGAGGUGAAGGAGGUGGUGCAGAAGGAGGCCGCGCCUGCGGGUGAGGGCGAGCAGGAGAAGAGAGGGAAGAAGAGGAAGAGGGGCACGCGGGGUGAGGGGAGGGGGCCUGCUGGUGGGAAAAAGGCUGUUGAGGACACGGACGGUGCGCAAGCUGGUGCUGAGGCGAAGGUGGAGGCGGUGGAAGAGAAGCCGAAGCCAGCGAAAGACGGCGAAGCGAAGCGCGACAAGAAGAAGGCUAAGAAAGAGCACAAGAGCGAGCAGCCCGCCGCAGAUGCAGUUUUGCCGCCUGCUGCUGUUCUCGAAUCUCUCCUCCCGCCCGAGCCCAAAGGCCUGACGCCGCUGCAGAAGUCCAUGCGCCAGAAACUCGCUGGCGCCCGCUUCCGCCAUCUCAACGAGACGCUGUAUACGAAACCUUCUGCAGACUCUCUUGCGCUAUUCAAGGAAGAUCCUUCCAUGUUCGAGGACUACCACCGCGGUUUCGCAAUGCAGACUGAAGGCUGGCCCGAGAACCCGGUAGACGGCUACGUAGACGCGAUCCUCACGCGCGGAAAGUUGCGAGACCAGAGUGCAUCCAAGGACAAGAAGCGGAAAGAACAACUGGGUGGUCGAUACCGCGAUCCCACGAAGGCAGAAGUCGAAGAACCCGUCACAACAGGCGCUCUCAAACCGCUCCCCAGGAACCUAAAAGGCCACUGCACAGUCGCAGAUCUAGGCUGCGGUACGGCCUCGCUCUCCUACCGCCUGCAGCCCCACAUCAAAGCCCUCAACAUGCACAUCGACUCGUACGACCUCUCCAAGCCGUCUGGUCCCUCCGGCCCGCUCGUGAAAAUAGCAGACAUCUCCGCGUUGCCCUGCGCCGACGCCUCCGCUGACGUCGCCGUCUUCUGCCUCGCGCUCAUGGGCACAAACUGGCUCGACUUCAUCGACGAAGCGUACCGCAUCUUGCGCUGGCGCGGCGAGCUCUGGGUCGCCGAGAUAAAAUCGCGCUUUGGCCGCGUCGAGAAGGCGAAGGGCGGCAGCGGCAAGGGCAAACCGCCCAUCAACUCCAUCGGCAGCCUGAAAAAGGGCGGGCCCAAACCUAAGAAGCAAGAUCGCGAGGAUGGAAGCGACCUCGACUCGGCCGACGAAGCCGAGCUCGCAACCCGCAUCGACGGCGCAGCCGCAAAGGAAGGGACGGACGUCUCGACCUUCGUCGCGGUGCUGCGCGCGCACGGCUUCGUGCUCGACGCGCCGCAGGAGAAGCCGGCCGCCGCGAUCGACCUGACCAACAAGAUGUUCGUCAAGAUGCAGUUCGUCAAAGCGGCGCAGCCGACCAAGGGUAAGAACGUGACGGCGAGCGUGAACGGGCUGAAGAUGGGGAUGAAGGGGAAGAAGUUUACGGCGGUCGAAGACGACGAUCCGGACGACGGGGAGAACGCAAAGGUGCUGAAGCCGUGUUUGUACAAGAUUAGGUAG